GAAUGCAGUAAAAAAUUUCAAAAAUAAUAUUUUCUAUUAACCAAAAAAUAUUUGCCAUUUUAUUUAAAUUAUAUAUAAAAAUAACAUGAGAUUUGAAUUAAUGCCUAAACAAUAUUUCUUAUUCUUUUCAUACACUUUCAUACUUUUUGGUACAUCCAUUUGCCAGUACGACAGAUACGGCGGAUCCAAUCACGAUCAAAACCACGAUAGGGAUCGGCAUCAAGACAGGGACAGGUAUGAUAAUAAGGACAGAUAUAAUAAUCAUGAUAGAUAUGGCAGUGGUAACCAAUAUGGAGGCAGUGGUCAAUAUGGUAGCGGUGCUAGUGCCGAGUCGUGUAUAGAAAAGGCCGGGUAUUCGGUGCGGACCUGUGAGGACACACUUAUUGAUAGACAGCGGGAGGUUAAGGCGAAAUCCACCAAUGCUAUGGAUGUUCAACACGGGGUUUGCUGUGCCUUAUAUUUCUAUCGCGAUUGUAUCGGUCGAGUGGUGUCCGAGCGGUGCCGCGAGAGUUCGUCCACAAUAGUGGACACAAUGAUGGGCCCCCGCAAGUGGGACAUUACCCUCAUGUGUCGCGACUAUUUCCGAGACCAAUGUUCGCGAUCCUCUCAGUAUAGAUCGUCGUCUAUUACUCCAGUACUCAGUAUUUUAAUU